AUGGCACUCUUUUCAAAAGAAGAAAAAGUCGAAAUAGCUCCAGACAAGUCUGAACGUGUCAAAUGUUGGGACAAGCGAGACAGGUUUUUCCAAUGUCUUUCAGAGAAUUACAUUGACAACUCAUUAGAUCCAAAAGAAUUACCCAAAGUUAAUGAAAAAUGUGGCGAUAUCAAAAAGGAAUUCGAGAAGGACUGUGUUAGCAGUUGGGUCAAAUACUUUCAAGAAAAGAGAUAUAAUGAUUUAGUUAGACAAAGGUAUAUUGCCAAAUUAGAGAGCGAAGGUGCUCAACCAUUACCCUUCAAGAUUGAAAGCAUAAAGAAGUGA